CUCAAGUAAUGGGCUCUCUCUCUCUCUAAACACUUCAGACCUGCUUUGCUUUGCUCUCUUUUUUCUCUCACAAAGCUUCAAAGAAAGAAAAAAAAAAGGGGCUCUCACUUGAUGAUGGGUUCCUACAAAAUCCUACUAUGCUUAAUCCUCCUUUCUUCCACCCAUUUCUUCUUGGUGGUGGAUUCAUUUGAAUUUGAAGUGGGUGAUGAUAAAGGCUGGGCUGUCCCUUCCUCCAAGGAUGAUAAUGAUUUCUAUGACCAAUGGGCAUCCAAACAGAGGUUCCAAGUUGAUGACACUGUCCAUUUCAAGUACAAGGAGGACUCAGUGUUGGUGGUGAGUGAUGAAGAGUAUAAGACUUGCCAUUCUUCACAUCCAAUCUUCUUCUCAAACAAUGGUGAUACCAUCUUCAUGUUGGAUCAUCCGGGUUUGUUUUACUUCAUCAGUGGUGUAUCUGGUCACUGUGAGAAAGGACAGAAGAUGAUCAUUAAGGUGUUGGAACCACCCAAGACCCCGCCGCUGCCGCCACCGGCAAACCAGACUAGUGGGCCUUCAGGUCACAAUGGUGCAAUUAAAUUAAUGGCAGUUCAUCAUCCUAUUACAGCUCUACUCUUUAUGUCUGCAGCAAUUGUUGCAUUCUUAUUUAGGUUCUUCUAAGUUAGUUUCCGCCCCUCCCCCCUAGUGGGUGCAGUAAUUGCUUAAUUACUAGCAUUUAGUAGCAAGAUUUGGUUUGGUUAAAUUUCAUUCUUAAUCUCUCUUCCUGAUUUCAUUUCUUUUCUUUCUUUUUAAGAACAUUUGAGUGAUUAGAUCUUCUAGCUAGAGGGAAAAAAAUACUGUUAUGUUUUACUGGUUUUCAUCUCUGAAAGUAGGUUGAGUUUGUAGUUGAAAUGGCUUUGAUUAUGUGUUCC